AUGGGUAGGACUGAAUGGAGAGGACUGAAGCAUCACAAAAUGUCUGAAAAUCGUGAAAAUGAAGACCGAUUAAUCCACCAAAACCAAGAGGCCCCAUUGACACAAAAAUGCUGUGGCUCAAAAUAUGUCAAGUACGCAUAGCAGCAAACUUCAUCAUCCACGCUCCUCCUGGAGAGUUCAAUGAGGUUUUCAAUGAUGUAAGAUUGCUACUCAACAAUGACAAUCUCCUCAGGGAAGGUGCGGCACAUGCAUUUGCACAGUAUAAUUUGGAUCAGUUUACCCCAGUGAAAAUCAACGGAUAUGAGGAACAGGUCUUAAUCACAGAGCAUGGCGAUCUGGGCAAUGGAAGGGUCUUGGACCCCAAGAAUAAGAUCUCCUUCAAGUUCGACCACCUGCGCAAAGAGGCCAGCGACCCCCGACCCCAUGACCCGGAUGGGGGGAUGGAAGGCUGGAGGACUGCUGUGGACACUGCCGUGAGAGCCUACGUCAAGGAGCACUAUCCCAGCGGCAUCUGCACCAUCUAUGCGAAAACUAUUGAUGGACAACAAACGAUCAUUGUCUGCAUCGAGUGUCAUCAGUUUCAGCCAAAAAACUUCUGGAAUGGGCGCUGGAGGUCUGAAUGGAAAUUCACUAUUUCCCCCUCUACCACUCAGGUGGCAGGCAUUAUGAAAAUCCAGGUUCAUUACUAUGAAGAUGGAAAUGUCCAGCUGGUCAGCCAUAAAGAAGUUCAGGAAUCAAUGUCCAUUACUGAUGAAGCACAAACAGCAAAGGAGUUUGUCAAGAUCAUGGAGGCUGCUGAGAAUGAUUACCAGACCGCCAUCAAUGAGAAUUAUCAGACAAUGUCGGACACUACCUUCAAAGCCUUACGCCGACAACUCCCUGUGACCCGCACCAAGAUUGACUGGAACAAAAUCCUGAGCUACAAGAUUGGAAAAGAGAUGCAGAAUGCUUAAUUGCCAGCGUGGCCUGACUGGAUUCAUGUAUCGUCAAUGUACAAAUUAGGUUCAUGGAGAAAAAAAACAACAGCGAAUGGUUUAGUCCCACCAAAAAGUGAACCAUAUUCAUAUUAAGAAACUUACCUUUACUAGGAUCUUUGCCGAGAUGCCAUGAAUUAAAUACAGUAAUAUAUGUUAUAAGGUUGAAGGAGAGGGGAGCAAAAGUAAGACUGUGCCAAAGGAAAAUCAUGUCACACGUAGAAGUAUUUUUACUUAAGGUAAUAAUAAUUGAAAGCUAUUCAAUAUUGAUAUUAGAAGAGAAUGGAAACUUUUGCAAGGUUUCAACCGGUGAUGAACUUUGUGUAACUUGAUUGACAGAAAAUAAGGAGCAAACCCGAUAAACCAUAUUAACCAGCUAGUGUUUUUGGUUAUAUUCAUCUUUUGCACACACUGUCUUGCUUGAUGACUUGGAUGUUUCUGUCUCCCGACUUAAGUGUGUUGCCGGUAGUGUAAUGAUAGUUGCAUCCUCCUUACCAUUACUCACAGGUCAGCUCUCCCACAACUGAUGUCUAUGAAAACUUCACUGAAAUGUUGAAAUGCUUAAUUAACAGGUCAUCUAUAGCUACUUAAUGUGCAUCCAGAUUACCAUGGAAUUACCGUUGCACCCUCCACACCCCUAUUUUUAUUGAUGCAGACAUAACUGUAUAUGGCACAUUGUAAUAUAUACAUGUAUUAAACACCUUGUCUGUCGGUUUGGCGAUUUAUUUCUUUCGGAUUGAGAACUGUAAUUCAGUCAUAAAUAUGUUCCAUUAAAUGACAAAUUUUCUA